AUGAGUAUUGAUCAUGUUCAAGGAACAAUAGAGCUAUUGAGAAGUGCUAGCAAAGCUGCACUUUCUCCAAUGAAGUUCCGAUUCAAAAAAGAGCUCUGCCCUGACCACUUGCCGCCUGCAGUGCUGUUUCCACACGAGCCAAGAUUGAAAAUAAGAUCAAAAUCAACAACCAGAAUUGGCAAACGUCAAAAGUCAUUGAAGCAAGAACUUGACAGAGAAUAUAAAGACCUAAUACUUAAAACCGAUCGGUUAAUGCAUAAAAAGGUUACUGAAAAAGAAGAAGGCCAUUUGGAUCUUACAAGGAUUUCUCCUUUAAAACUCCCAUAUGUUAUUCGAGAUCUUGCCAAAAGAACAGCUGUAAUUACCAAAUUAAAAACAAGCAAAACUUAUAAGUUCCUGGAUUCUUCAAAACUAGCUAACGACUCAAAAAGUUUCAUAAAGGGAGAUUUUACUAUAAGAAUGAACACUAACUCCCCCCCCAUCCUUGAUCGAACGAUUGACUGUAAAAAUUCCUAAAAAAUUGGGAAAAUUAACCCCCAUCCUUGAUCGAACGAUUUUCAUAUCAUGCAAAAAUUUAUAUAUAUAUAAAAAUAUAUUAGUUAUCAAAAGUUUGGGAAGAUGUGCAUAAUGAAGUUGUUUUCAGAGACUUUGAGACGACAGAAAGCUUCGGAAUCAACCAUUCGAAGUGAUUUAGUCAUCAAUCAGGGCUUAAAAAACUCAAUAAUCUAAUAAAAUAGAGAUUCUUUUAAAAUUUUUAAAAAAAAAUUUAAUUUAAUAAGAAACAAAUUAAAAAUUUUAUACAGUUUAAAGGGGUAACUAAUAAAUCAAAAUAUUAAAAAUUGGUAUUUUUAUGAGAUUAAUUCAAUUUUUUGCUGUAAAAAUAAUUAUUAAAUACUACUCUUAACACUCUUAUUUAAAAGUAAAUAAAAAUAUAUAUAUAUAUUUUAUUUUAUAUAUAAAAUGACGGCGAGUCGUUCGAUCAAGGAUGGGGGGGGAGUAAGUAUAUAAAUAUUUAA